GUCAUGUUGAAUUUUCAGAGAAAUCAGGCUCGUCUACUAGAUGUAAUGAUAGACCAGAAACUGAGAUGUGUGUCAACUCCCCAUUUUCUGUCACGGCAUUUUGGUCUCGCUCCCAUCACCAAUGUCCACAUAACUUGAGCCGUAAAGAUGACAUCAUCCACGCUUUGUCGUCAAUUUUCACUGGCCGAAAUCCAGUCAGCCACAAGAGGUUUCAGUGACGCAUAUAUUAUUGGAAAUGGUGGAUUCGGUAAAGUCUACAAAGGCCUCAUCGAUACUGAGUCUGUUACCGUGGGCGUGGCCAUCAAGCGGCUCGCAUCAAAUUCCAACCAAGGGGAGACUGAGUUUGCUGCGGAGAUUGAAACACUCACCAAGUUCCGACAUCGUAAUCUAGUGUCUCUGAUUGGCUACUGCAGUGAGCAAGGAGAGAUGAUUCUUGUUUAUGACUACAUGCCUAAUGGAACCCUAGCAGAUCACCUUCACAAACUAUCGAGGAGUAGCGACCACACCUCAACAACUCUCUCAUGGAUUCAACGACUUAAGAUAUGUAUUGGAGCUGGCCGAGGUCUGGACUAUCUUCAUUCCGGUUGCUCCAUCAUACAUCGCGAUGUCAAGCCUGCAAAUAUCCUUUUGGAUGAGAAUUUCACAGCUAAGGUUUCAGAUUUUGGGUUGGCCAAACAUUUAGGCCAAGAUUUCUUACAAAGUCAUGUCCUCACAAACGUUAAGGGUUCAUUUGGGUAUUUUGACCCAAGCUAUUUUACCAGCGGCAGACUUACUAAGGCCAGUGACACUUAUGCUUUUGGGGUAAUUUUAUUGGAGGUGUUGAGUGGGAGACCAGCGGUUGAGCAAAGGCUUGGUGAGGAUGAGUUGUGUAUGAGAAUGUGGGCUCUGGAUAAAAUUCAAAAUGGAAAAGCUGAGCAGAUUGUAGCUUCGAAUUUGAAGGGAGAUAUCUCAGAAGAUUGCCUCAAGACAUUUGUUGGGGUUGCUAAAAGAUGUUUGCAUCGUCAACCAAAGAAACGACUCACAAUGACCGGAGCUGUAGCCCAGCUUGAGUUAGCCCUUGAACAACAGGAGAGGAAAGGGAUGACAACACAUAAAUCACAACUUUGGCCAUUUUGGAAUAGAGUUAUACCAUCUGCAUCAACACAAAAGGAUGAGAUCAAUGAGGUUGAAGAUGAGAUGCAGCCAAUUGCUCCCCCUUCCUUACGAGUGAAUCAUACUGUUAAUAUGGUGCCAAUUUAUGUCCCUUCCAUUCCAUUAGCUGAAAUAAUGGACAUGACAGAUGAUUUUAGCCGGAAUUCUUUCAUUUCUAAUGGAUACCGAGGAAGAGGAAGUGUAUUCCAUGGGGUCCUGAAAAGUGGACAGGAUGCAGCAAUUAAAAGGUUCUAUCUGUUGCGAGAACAUGAAUUAAUAGCACAGAUCUCAACAGUAUCUAGGCUGAAGCAUGAGAACGUGGUGAAACUAGUUGGUUACUGUUUGGAUACUGGUCUGAAGGUGUUGGUGUAUGAGUUUGCUCCACGAGGCUCCCUGCAUGAAAUUCUUCAUGGACGACGACAAGGCAUGAAAGGCUUAGAGUUGGAGUCAUGUCCGGCUUUAUCAUGGUCCCAACGAAUCAAAAUCGCGGUUGGAGUUGCAAGGGGAUUAUCCUACAUUCAUGAGAAUGCACUGAUUCAUCAUAAGAUCAGAUCCAACAAGGUUUUACUUUUUGCUGAUGAAACUGCUAAGAUAACUGAUCUUUAUCUAUCAACUCAAUGCUCCUAUUGCCGCACCGUGCCAUUUAUGGAAGAUCGUCAUCCUAGUGUCCUCUCUAUUGGUUAUGAGCACCCAGAACAGAGUAAACACACUCAGAAAAGUGAUGUUUACUGCUUUGGUGUGAUUCUGCUUGAGCUCUUGACAGGUUGUAAACCAGUUGAUGUUGAUCACACACAACGAGCAAGGCGGAGGCACAUUGUGCCUUGGGCAAAACCACAGCUCUUUCCAGAAAAGAUACACAAUAUUGUCGAUGCUAGACUCAAAUCAGACUACCCACCCAAUGCAGUUGAAAGGAUGGCUGCAGUUGCUGCAUUGUGCCUUCAAGAUGAAGCUGAUUUUCGUCCAGACAUGAGUAUUGUUGUACGAACUCUCCAAUCCAUCUCCAUGGAACCAAACCACAAUUAAUAUUUUGAGGGAACGCUUAUUUUGCAUAAUUGACUAUUUUUAUCUUUGAAAGUAAGAUUUCUUCAAUCCCACUUUUUGAAUGGAAUAUAAAUGAAGGGCCUUGGGUUGGGAAUAUCCAAAAUUUCAAUUAAUCUAAGAAAA